GUGUCUUCACUGAUGUCAAUAUUUAAGAAACUUUUGUUUAUUAGUUGAAAUUUUUAAAUAAUUUUUCUCAUUUCUCAUUUAUAGCACUAUGAACGCUCAAGUAAACAAAAAAGUUUAUGCCAUUAAAGCGAAGAAAAAAAGAAAACCUAAGAAACUUAAACCCGAAGAGAAGCCGCAAGAGCAGGCAGAUUAUGUGAUUGAGAAAGAAGGAACGGUUAACGAUUCAACUUGCAGCAGGUCUGAUGACGAGGAGGAGAUAUUGGGAUCCGACAAUGACGAGCAAGAGGACCCUAAGGACUAUGUCAAAGGUGGCUACCAUCCAGUGAAGAUAGGCGACUUAUUCAACGGGCGAUAUCACGUUAUAAGAAAACUUGGCUGGGGCCAUUUUUCAACUGUCUGGCUCUGCUGGGAUCUUUUGUCUUUGAGGUUUGUUGCAUUGAAGAUUGUCAAGAGUGCUCCACAUUAUACGGAAACUGCUGUUGAUGAGAUCAAGCUACUCACCUCUGUAAGGGAUGCUGAUCCUCUGGACCCAUUUAGAGAAAGAACUGUUCAACUACUUGACGACUUCAAAUUAUCUGGUGCCAAUGGAACACAUAUGUGCAUGGUGUUCGAAGUGCUGGGUCACAACCUGCUUAAACUUAUCAUUAAAUCUGAUUAUCAUGGUAUACAUCUGCAGAAUGUUAAAUCAAUCAUCAAACAGACUCUUCAGGGCCUACAUUAUCUUCAUACGAAGUGUCAGAUCAUUCACACAGAUAUCAAACCUGAAAACAUUCUCCUGUGCGUCUCCGAUGAGCACGUAAAGAAGCUGGCCUGGGAGGCUGUCGAGUGGCAGAAGUUGGGCAUCAAACAACUGCCUGGCUCUGCUAUUAGUACUGCUCCCAAAGAGAAAAACUCUGCAAAAGUAUCAAAGAAUAAAAAGAAAAAAUUGAAAAAGAAGGCAAAGAAAAACCAGGAACUAUUGGAGAAACAAUUACAGCAUCUGGAAUCUCUAUCUAUACGCGAUAAUCCUGCUACAAAAUCUGAUUCUUCGAAAAGAGAAGUUCCCUUGGACAAUCAAAAAGUUCUGCCUUUAGAAAUGAAUGGCAACGAAUUAUUUGAUACAAACAGUAUUGAGAACAACUUGGAAGUUAUAGAGCAAGGUGAUGGCAAAGAUACUAGGACGACUCUUAGAUUUGCCGACAGCGAGGGAGACGUUGUGAAAGAUACAGUUGCAAACAACAAUCUUGAAAUAAGACAAGCCAAAUCUAUUGAGGAUGGAGAGGAAUCAAAUGAAGACGAAGCCAUUGAAGAAAUAUGCAACGAGCCUGCCUCACCAUUGCCUGCAACAACUGCAACAACUGUCCUUCAGUCUCAUCAACACAAACCCAAUCCCAGUAAAGAACCUUGCGAGCUUAUUGUAAAAAUUGCUGAUCUGGGAAAUGCCUGUUGGACUUACCGUCACUUUUCUGAAGACAUCCAGACCCGGCAGUACAGAUGCCUUGAAGUGCUCAUUGGCAGCGGCUACAAUACUGCAGCCGACAUCUGGAGCACAGCUUGCAUGGCUUUUGAAUUGGCGACAGGUGAGUACUUGUUUGAGCCUCACUCAGGUGACAACUAUUCAAGAGAUGAAGAUCAUCUGGCUCACAUCAUUGAACUUCUUGGACCCAUACCGAGACACAUAGCUUUAUCAGGCAAAUACUCCAGAGAAUUUUUCAACAAACGAGGAGAAUUGAGACAUAUUGACAAUUUGAAGCCGUGGGGUUUGUAUAGCGUUCUCAUUGAAAAAUAUCAAUGGCCAGAAGGUGAUGCUAAAGAAUUUACAAGUUUUCUUUUGCCAAUGUUGGAGUACGACCCGGCUCGAAGAGCCACCGCAGAAUUUUGCCUCAAACAUCCCUUCCUCUAUGACGAUUUCAAUUCAGAGAUGGGAUUAUCAAGUACUACCAAUUAGGUAGUGGUAAAAAAUUUGCUUAGGUAAUGACGUUUUUGUGGCUUCAACAUUUCAAUAAAUUUUGAAUCAAAAAUACUCUUAAGAAGGAUCAAUUUUAAUUAUUAGUGCGUUUAUCUACAUUAAAAUAAAUAUGUACAUAAUUUAUAAAAACGAAUUUCUAUCAUGCUUCUUCCAAUUUUAAAGAAUGUUUCUUCUCUUGAGGAAAUUGGUAGAGAAAUAGGUUGUAUUUUAGCAAGUUACGUUUGCUCAUAAUUUUUAAUUAACCAAAUUUUAAUCUUUUUGUUCCCAUAUCCUCCACCGAGUCAUCAUCACUCAUGAUCUGCUCCCUAUUGGCUUGCACUUCUGACUGUGAGACCGAUUUUAAUGUUGUUUCAUUUGAGUGAUCAGUUUAAUUGCCUUGCACUGUUCAGUAAAUUAACAAUCCAGUUCUUCAUAUGUAGCAGUCUUAGCAGCAACAUUUUCUAACGAUUUUCGGCUCAGAUUUCAAUUUUAAUUGAUUCAUUAAAAACUCUCAAUAUAUAUCUUUAACAUGUUUAUUGUAGGAACAUUAAAUUCAUUCAAAGUUUUUUUUAUUAGCGAAACGUGUAUAUAAAUUCAUACAUUGUUCUUUUUCACUGAUCUCCCUCGAGUACAAAUAAAAUGUUAUUUACGUUUCGACCAGUGGCGUAGGCAAGAGGGUUUUGGGGCUGAGGUCCUUCCGCGGUGGAAAAUUUUGAUAAGGAUAAGGCCAUAAUAAACAAAAUCUUUAUAUUAAUUUGAAAACAUCGGGACUGGAAGCUAUUUCAGUCAUUUCACAAUAACAAAACCGAGGUCAAAUUUCGCACAAAAUCACCGAAAUAUGCUACUAUUUGUGUGAUAACCAUAAUAGUAGUCAACUUAUUAAAAAAUUUAAGCCCCCACAGUAAAAACCUGGCUACGCCACUGAUUCAGACAUAUGUAUAAAAAAUGUUUGUUGACAUAUUAGCACGUUUGCUACAAAUUUACAUUUUUUUUACAUAAACCAUUUUUAAGAAACUUUAUGAUGACACUGUUAUUAAGUAUAAAUGAAAUAAAACCAAAGAUUUUAUGA